UUGCACUACACAUCUUUUUUGUCGUAGUGUGUUGUCUCUCUGAAUCCCGACGCUUAACACUUUCUUUUUACUUUUUUUUUUUAUGCCGUUCAAGAAAUCAACGCCCGCGUCUGUGGGCAGUGGCCAGAGCGUGCCAGUUCUCACUGGUGCCACAGUAGCAGCGUCGGCGCCAGGCUCGUCAUUAUCAUCGUCAGCAUCGUCGCUGGCAUCCGCAUCUGCAUCGGACCUGACCUCCCGAUUGGCGCUCAUGAUGGCUAUUGCAGACCGACACAACGGUGCUCUUCCAGCGGCAGGAGCCGACGCAGACCGCCACCUGCAGCGGCUCAUUGAGCAAAACCAGGCCAUCCUCGACCACCAGCACUCUUCAUCGUCAUCGCUCUCCUCCACUUCCAUCGACGCAGACGACGACGACGACAACAACAACAAUAUCGACGACGACGAUGAGGAUGGCUGCGACCUCCUCACUGCCAAAGCCUCGCGCAAAUCGGACGGAAAUCUCGUAUCAGGCGCACAAGCCACACCCGAGCGCAAGUGGAAGCAUGCUCAAGUGGAAAAGCGUCGCCGAGAGGCACUCAACACCCGCAUCGAGGAGAUUGGAGCCGUCCUGCCCGCGUUCGAGCCCCCGGCAAACAUGCCCGGCGCACGCAAGGAGCACAAGGCUGCCAUUUUGGCGCGCGCCUACGAUUACAUCGAGUACAUGCAGGCGUGCCAGGCGCAGCUCCAGUCAGUGUACCAGUUCUCGCUCACCCAGGUCGAUGCCACUCGAGCUCAUCUCGAGCAACUCCGCGAGCAAGCGCGUGCCAUCAACCCCGCUGCCGCCGAGGCCAUCCCCCGCUCUACUGACACUGCGCCACUCGCUCAGACGCUGGCUGCCAAUGUCGCCAUGGUCCACACGCCGCCCGCGUCUCGCAAGUCGGCCGCUCCUCCGUCGCAGCCCGUGAGCUCCUCGUCGUCAUCGAUCGCCUCGUUCGCCGCUCCCGUUGGGCUGUCGCUGCAGGUGACAACACCCGACCUGCCAGAGUCUGGCCCGAGCAGCGCGCGGUCUUCCUUCUCGUCCCUCUCGUCCCGGUCAUCCAAGUCGUCUGUCUCUGGCAUUGUCGAGGACACGUUUGCGCACGAGGCUUGCUCGCCUGUGCUCAUGCCCGCUGCUGUCGAUCGCGACCCCUCGAUGGACCCGCUGGCCAUGUUUUUGGCGUUGCAAUCGUCCUUCCACCACCAUUCCCUGCCUCAAACCACGGGCGGCAUUUACAAUGACUUGCUGCACGACCCGCACGGCGCCAAGUGGAUGGAGCAAUCCUCCAAGCUUGCGCAAAUUGGGACUGCCACCAUUCCCGUCACGCCAGACUUUGGCUUGCAAGCCGCAGCGCCGGCUCUGCCUGGUCUCACUGACAUGCUGCUCAAUUCUGCGGAGGACAUUCUCCAUCUGCUUGACGACGAGCCAUCGAUGCACCACAUUUCCCAGCUGGGCUCGACACCACUCUACGAUCUUCUGAAUGGCCUCGAUGUCUCGAUGUCGGUUGUAUGAUAAUCUUUGGCUUGUUCGUUCCCCCCUUCCUUUUUUGAUUCUUUUUUUUUUUUUGGGACAUUGGUUCUUUGCGGCCUCCAGGCAGCUCUGACUGCCGUAUGACCAUCUUGCCGCUGGCACGGCUUUUUGAUUCUUCUCUUUGGUUGUGGACACUUUCCAUUCAUUUUUAUCCGACUUGUUGUUGUUGCAAUCUUGAUUGCAAUUGAUCGCCGUCUCGUUGUUGUGUGUUUUUUUUGUUUGCGUCAUUGCUCUUGUGGACAAAUCGUUACCUUUGUGUUAGCGUGUCUUCGUUUCUUUGUUGUUAGUUUAUCCAUUCUGUUGUUUAUGCAACAUUAAAGAUUGUUCUUAUCCAA